GACUCUACCUAUCAGAAACUCAACCUUGGUCAAUUGAUUGUCUCGGCUUUACGCUACAAAUAAUCUGCCCAAUUUCAAGGAGCUCGACUGAAAAAAUCAACCAAUGAUCACUGUCCUCCUCCGUCCCCCGAGAUCACCGAAAUUCAUCCUUCCUCGGGCAACCGCUAUCAACAUGCCCGUCGCUGUACCCACCCGACGUCUGGCAACUUCUCCUCCAACGAAGAAUGCAGUAUCCAACCCAAAUCCACUUUACGCUUCUCAAUCCUCUCUUCCCCGUUUACCCGUUCCCACCCUUUCAUCUACCUUUCAUAAGUACCUAGAAACCAUCCAACCUCUUCAAACUUCUGAUGCUCAUCAACAUUCUCAAGCUCUAGUAUACGACUUUCUCCGAUCCGAUCUCUCCAAAGUUCUCCAGACACGUCUGGAAGGCCGAGCUGAGGAGAAAGAAAGUUGGUUGUCGGAGUGGUGGAACGAGACCGCUUAUAUGGGAUAUAGAGGUCGAUUGGUACCCAAUGUCUCGUACUUUUACGUUCACAAGAAAGGCCUUGGUGGUGGCCAGAGUCAAGAAGAUAGAGCUGCCGAGUUGACUCGAGCUACGGUGGAAUUUAAGAAGCUGGUGGAUACUGAAAUAUUGCAACCUGAGAAGGUCAGAGGUCAACCAUUGUGCAUGGCUUCAUACAAGUAUCUAUUUAACGCUGUUCGAGUCCCGACCAGUCCAGCUGAUGUGCCACUAGCGUACCCCAAAGACACCCAUCACAUUGUAGUCUUGCGGAAUAACAGAUAUUUCAAGGUCGACACCAAAGGGAGGGGCAAAAAGGCUUUGGCUGGAGCGUUCGAAAAGGUCAAGAAAUUGGCAGACACGAAAGCUGGUGAGGGGUUGGGAAUUUUGACCGUUGAUGAUCGCGAUGUAUGGACAGAGGCCAGAAGACAUCUCAUGUCUCUCUCCAAGAGUAACACGGUGUCUGUUCAAGCCAUCGAAUCGGCUAUUUUGCUAGUGUCACUGGAUGACGGAUCCGCGCCCAAGACAGAAGACGAGAGAGCUUGGUCGUACUGGUCAGGUGGAAGAAGUCGUUCGCCAAAAGGUCACGGUUGGAACAGAUGGUUUGACAAACAUGAGAUUAUUGUGGACGAAUCGGGGGAGAGUGGGUUUAACGGAGAGCACUCAAUGCUUGACGGAACUCCCACUCUACGAUUGAACGAAUUUAUGCUUGCCGGUUUACAAGCUGGCAAAAUUCCAUUGGAGCUUCCGGAAGGAGAGAAAGCUACAUCCCCCAUGCCAGAUCCAGAGGAGAUCACUUUCGAGCUUGAUGCUCAUCUACGAGGUCUUAUUGACAAAUCUCGGAUCGGUUUUGGGGAAGAGAUGGCAUUGCAGGACCUCAAGAUGCUCAACUUCACCCACUAUGGAAAAGAAGCCAUCAAAGCUCAUAAAGCUUCUCCCGACGCUUGGGCUCAGAUGAUCAAGCAGCUCGCUUUUUUCCGUCUUUUCAACCGGCCCGGGGUGGCAUACGAAUCAUGUCAAACCCGGAAAUUCCUAUUAGGAAGAACGGAGGUUAUACGCUCGGCGUCAAACGAAAGUAAAGCGUUCUGCGAGGCCAUGAUCGAUCCAAAAGUCAGUGAUACAGAGCGCGAGAAAGCAUUCAGACGGGCGGUGAGUAGACAUAUCCAAUAUUCCACGUGGGCGGCGGAUGCGCAAGGCGUGGAUAGACAUAUGUUUGGGCUACGUAAGCUGGUCCGAGAGAAAGAGGGAGAGAAGAUGCCUGAAGUGUUCAAGGAUGAGGUGUUUGGGAGGAGCAGUCAUUGGGAGUUGAGCACGAGUCAGUUGAGUAGUGAAUAUCUGGAUGGAUGGGGAUAUGGCGAGGUGGUCGAGGACGGAUACGGCUUGUCAUAUUCCAUACACGACAACAAUAUAAGGUGGUGUAUCACGACUAAGAAUAGCGACGCGGAGAAGUUUGCCGAGGCUUUGGUGAAUGCUGCCGACGAGCUCAAGGCAAUGAUGGACAGAGCCAAAUCGCAGACGCAUGAGGGGUGAGGGAAGGCGAAAUUGUAGAAGACUGGUGUGCAUGAGGAUGAGCCAUUUGUUGCCUCAAAUGAUGUGUCGUAUCAUGAAACGAGUAGAAAAUGAUGCAUGCUGUAUGAUGUCC